CGAGGUCCGUUUUAUGCUUGAAGUGCCUUCGAAGCACUCUUGGAAUCCCCGCAUUAACACAGUACCCGGUUACGGCCUCUAUCUCUGCGAAAUCGAUUAUCACAAGGAAUCCUUUGUGGAAAAUUAGUAGAAAUUCGUGAAAAAUGGUAGGUUCGAGGGUGUACAUAGGAGGCCUGCCGUACGGCACCAACGAGCGCGACUUGGAGCGUUUUUUCCGCGGCUACGGACGUAUGCGUGAAGUCACCCUGAAAUCCGGAUAUGGAUUUGUCGAAUUUGAUGAUUACCGUGACGCGGAUGAUGCAGUUUAUGAAUUAAACGGCAAAAGAAUCCAGGGAGAGCGGGUGACUGUGGAGAGGGCGAGAGGGACUCCUAGAGGAAGAGACCGCUGGGCCGAUUCCAGAGGGAGUAGCAGUAGCAGAGGCCGAGACAGAGAUAGAAAUAGCGGUAGAGAUCGUUACGGACCGCCCACACGCACCGCGCAUAGAGUGAUAAUCGAAAAUCUCUCCAGCAGAGUGUCCUGGCAAGACCUUAAGGACUAUAUGCGCCAAGCGGGUGAGGUUACUUACGCCGACGCCCAUAGAGAUCAUAAAAACGAGGGCGUAGUAGAGUUCGCCAGCCGCAGCGAUAUGAAAAAGGCUAUUGAACAGUUGGAUGACACCGAAUUGAACGGUAGACGUAUCCGAGUUGUGGAGGACAAAAGCAAGAGCCGUAGACGAGGCGAAUCGAGCUCCAGAAGCCGCUCCAGAUCUAGAUCUCGCAGCGGAUCGAAGUCUAGAAGCAAAUCCAGAAGCAAGAGCAAGGAGAAUAAGGCAUCUCGCUCCCGUAGCCGCUCGAACAAACGCUCCCGGUCCAGAUCCGCCUCGAGGGAAGCUAAAAAGGCUCGCGAGGACCGCUCCAGGUCCCGAUCUAAGACCAACGGACGCGAAGAUCGGUCCAAGUCCAGGGAAGACGAUAGGGAGGAGAGAUCCAAGUCGAGGGAGGAUCGUUCCAGAUCCAGGUCUAAGGAAAACGGGCACAGGUCAAGAAGCGGUUCCAGAGAACGUUCCAAGUCUAGGGAGCCGUCUAAGGAACGGUCCAGGAGUAGGUCUAGGUCAAAGAGCAACUGAAAAUGCGCCUCCGAUUCGGGAUUUUUUGGUGUUAAGGCACUUUAAGAUUCAUUUAGGUUAAGAGAUUUCUUCAUAGUAACUGUAUGACACUGGACGACCUUCACUAUAACUUUUUUUUGUUCAAUUAUGAUGUUUUUUGCCUUAGAUGUUUAGAAUUUAAAAUGGUUUGCCUUUAUUUAGUGUUUCACUUUUGUAAGCAUUUCUUCUCGGCCAAGAUAGGUUUUUCCAUACCCAAAUUUCCAUGUAGGGACAGUUUGUAUUAGAAUUUUGGGAUAACAUACAUAUUUUACCAACACAACUUUAUCAUAUAAAGUUUUGCAAUUUAAUUAUUUCGAUUUUAAAAAUGACUUACAUUUACGAAAUUUGCAAGGUGGUUAUUACAUUACAUUAAUCGAUAGAAAACAAACAUUUUCUAAAAUUUGUCUUUGUGGUGUUAUAAUAUUAAAAUAAAUGACAUUUUAAUCGCGCUA